CCCGGCCCGGAUAUUUCUGCUCUAGGAGCUGUGGCCCGUGGGCAACCGCGGCUUUCUGGAGCGCGCGCCCGUCACGACCCCCAGUUUUGGGGCGCGCGUUCUGAUGUCGGGUGGCGGUGCUGCCUCGAGAGCGCGCAGGAGGCUUCUGCUGAGCAGAGGGCCGGCCGCGGCUCGUUGCGCUGGGAAGGUUCAGGAUUGGGUCCUUUCUGGUCUGGUGACGUUCCCGGGCAUCCGUGGCCUCGGCCUGGAGAGAAACCAGCCAGCUUUGCUCUCUGGCUUGCGGUUCCGCUCCUCUGUGAGGGGGGCGAGAUUGCCCGUUCUCCUCGAAGAAUGCCGUUACUUGAGGCCCAAAAAUCUCCAGCAGAAAUUACUAAAAUCUGAUCGUGUAUCACUGUAAAAGUCACUUUUGGUGUAGGAUUUCAGUCCUUUUCAGCUCUUUUUUUGACCCUGCCGCUGUGUUUUGGUGUCAAGGAAGUUCUAGAAUAUUAGAAGUCUUAAGAACUCAGGACAAGCAGCAGAAAUACAUGCAACAUGGUGACUGGAACCCUAAGGACUCUGCAAUAUGAAUAAUUCCCUAGAGAACACCAUCUCCUUUGAAGAGUACAUCCGAGUAAAGGCACGGUCUGUCCCGCAACACAGGAUGAAGGAAUUUCUGGACUCACUGGCCUCUAAGGGGCCAGAAGCCCUUCAGGAGUUCCAGCAGACAGCCACCACUACCAUGGUGUACCAACAGGGUGGGAACUGCAUAUACACAGACAGCACUGAAGUGGCUGGGUCUUUGCUUGAACUUGCCUGUCCAGUCACCACCAGUGUUCAGCCACAAACCCAGCAAGAACAGCAGAUCCAGGUUCAGCAGCCGCAGCAGGUUCAGGUCCAGGUGCAGGUACAGCAGUCUCCGCAACAGGUCUCGGCUCAGCUCUCCCCACAACUCACCGUUCACCAGCCUACUGAGCAACCCAUCCAGGUCCAGGUGCAGAUCCAAGGCCAGGCACCACAGUCAGCAGCCCCCUCCAUUCAGACCCCGUCUCUGCAGAGUCCCAGUCCCUCGCAGCUGCAAGCAGCUCAGAUCCAGGUGCAGCACGUGCAAGCAGCCCAGCAGAUCCAGGCUGCAGAAAUCCCGGAGGAGCACAUCCCACAUCAGCAAAUCCAGGCUCAGCUGGUGGCUGGCCAGUCUCUUGCUGGUGGUCAGCAGAUCCAAAUCCAGACCGUGGGUGCCCUUUCCCCACCACCAUCCCAGCAGGGCUCACCCCGGGAAGGGGAGCGGCGGGUUGGCACGGCCAGUGUCCUCCAACCAGUGAAGAAGCGCAAAGUGGACAUGCCCAUCACUGUGUCCUACGCCAUCUCAGGGCAGCCGGUGGCCACCGUGCUGGCCAUUCCACAGGGCCAGCAGCAGAGUUAUGUGUCUUUGAGGCCAGACUUACUGACAGUAGACAGUGCCCACCUGUACAGUGCCACUGGGACCAUUACUAGCCCUACAGGAGAAACCUGGACCAUCCCUGUUUAUUCUGCCCAGCCCCGGGGGGACCCUCAGCAGCAGAGCAUUACCCACAUUGCCAUUCCCCAGGAAGCCUACAACGCAGUUCACGUCAGUGGCUCACCCACGGCCCUGGCAGCUGUUAAGCUGGAGGAUGACAAGGAGAAGAUGGUGGGCACCACAUCUGUAGUGAAAAACUCCCAUGAAGAGGUAGUGCAGACCCUUGCAAACUCUCUCUUUCCAGCACAGUUCAUGAAUGGCAACAUCCACAUUCCAGUGGCUGUGCAGGCUGUGGCAGGCACUUACCAGAAUACGGCUCAAACUGUCCAUAUAUGGGACCCCCAACAGCAGCCGCAGCAGCAAACUCCCCAGGAACAGACACCACCACCACAGCAGCAGCAGCAGCAACUCCAAGUUACUUGUUCAGCUCAAACUGUCCAGGUUGCUGAAGUUGAACCACAGUCACAGCCACAGCCUUCCCCAGAACUUCUGCUUCCAAAUUCUUUGAAACCAGAAGAAGGGCUUGAAGUAUGGAAAAACUGGGCCCAGACCAAGAAUGCUGAACUAGAGAAGGAUGCUCAGAACAGAUUGGCACCCAUUGGGAGGCGCCAACUGCUGCGAUUCCAGGAAGAUCUCAUCUCCUCUGCUGUGGCAGAGUUGAAUUAUGGGCUCUGUCUAAUGACACGGGAAGCUCGAAAUGGAGAAGGUGAACCCUAUGACCCAGAUGUGCUCUACUAUAUUUUCCUGUGUAUUCAAAAGUAUCUUUUUGAAAAUGGAAGGGUAGAUGACAUUUUCUCCGAUCUUUAUUAUGUUCGGUUCACGGAGUGGCUACAUGAAGUUCUGAAGGAUGUUCAGCCCCGGGUCACUCCACUUGGCUAUGUCUUGCCCAGCCACGUGACUGAGGAGAUGCUAUGGGAGUGCAAGCAGCUUGGGGCUCACUCCCCCUCCACCUUGCUGACCACCCUCAUGUUCUUUAAUACCAAGUACUUCCUAUUGAAGACAGUGGACCAGCACAUGAAGCUGGCCUUCUCCAAGGUCUUGCGACAGACAAAGAAGAACCCCUCUAAUCCCAAGGAUAAAAGCACGAGUAUCCGGUACUUGAAGGCCCUUGGAAUACACCAGACUGGCCAGAAAGUUACAGAUGACAUGUAUGCAGAACAGACGGAAAAUCCAGAGAAUCCAUUGAGAUGUCCCAUCAAGCUCUAUGAUUUCUACCUCUUCAAAUGCCCCCAGAGUGUGAAAGGCCGGAAUGACACCUUUUACCUGACACCUGAGCCGGUGGUGGCCCCCAACAGCCCAAUCUGGUACUCAGUCCAGCCUAUCAGCAGAGAGCAGAUGGGACAAAUGCUGACGCGGAUCCUGGUGAUAAGAGAAAUUCAGGAGGCCAUCGCAGUGGCCAAUGCAAGCACUAUGCACUGAGAUGCCUUGGCCAUGGCACAAGAGAAACCAGCCAGGAAAAACCAGACAGACUUUCACACUAAAGAAGAGGCCUCCUUUUUUUUUUUCUUUUUUUUAUUGGUGUAGUUACGAAGCCUUUCAGGCUGCUUCUGUUUAAAAUAUAAAAGAAAACUUUGCCCCCUUUGCAUCUUCAUAAACCUGCUGCGGCAGACUCCUCAGCCGAUGGUGGCUCUGGGUUUCCUUGAGUGUCAUAUGUCCUAGAAAGUUGCUGGCUGACUCUUUUUUGUCUGGGGCCUGGGGAAAGGGCUUGGACUGUGAAAAGAAAUGUAGCCCCUUUCCAUCUUCAAGAGAGAUGGAAUUAAUGAUGGAUGGACCCUGCAGGGAAUCUCCCCAGCCGACUUCCACUGGGCUGACAGACUUUGCUGACCACAGGGGAACGAUGUUCUUUUCUUUCUUCAUGCUCAGACAUAAACUUAGCAUCUUAAUGGAAGAAAAAUGAGGGGAACUUCAAUUAUGAUUUAUUAAAGACAAUUUCUAUUACACCCUCCUUUAUGACAAGUGACAUUUUAGAUGUAAAAGUAAAAACUUUACCAUGCCUUUUUUUUUUUUUUGGCCUAACAUUGAGGCCUUAAAACCUGAGGCUCCUGUGCCUGAUGGAAUUCUUGUAACAUACACUUGUGUAUCAUAUAAAGAUACCACUCUGUUUCUCUUAUGUAUUCUUACUCUAGUUGUUUAUUAAGAAUGACAAGCACGUCUUUUCAACA